AAACAAGAUGUGUCACUGGCUAGAUUUGCAGUUUCAUCCUAGCCAAUGGGGAUGAGAACUUGGGGGCUCUUACAUUCUAAUUGGUCAAAAGAAAUUUAUGAUGUAAUCAUGCUUAGCAACCAAUCAGACGCAGGAUUUCAAUCACCUUAUUUGCAUGAGACGUUCUAUAUAAAGACUGUCCUGUCUGUUGUCUAUUAUCUCUUCUGAUUCACAGCCAUGCCUGAGCCCGCGAAGUCCGCUCCCGCCCCCAAAAAGGGCUCCAAGAAGGCCGUGACCAAGGCUCAGAAGAAGGAUGGCAAGAAGCGCAAGCGCAGCCGCAAGGAGAGCUACUCCAUCUAUGUGUACAAGGUGCUGAAGCAGGUGCACCCCGACACGGGCAUCUCGUCCAAGGCCAUGGGCAUCAUGAACUCGUUCGUCAACGACAUCUUCGAGCGCAUCGCCGGCGAGGCGUCCCGCCUGGCGCACUACAACAAGCGCUCGACCAUCACGUCGCGGGAGAUCCAGACGGCCGUGCGCCUGCUGCUGCCCGGGGAGCUGGCCAAGCACGCCGUGUCCGAGGGCACCAAGGCCGUCACCAAGUACACCAGCGCUAAAUAACAAAUAGGCCGGGUACGAAGCAUCCAAUCAAGCAAUCAUGAUCAAUUAUGCUGCAAGCAACCAGAAAAAAGAGAUACAUUGUUGCUUUUCCGCACUAAAACAGACCGACCGACGAGGAUGGGAUUCGAACCCACGCGUGCAGAGCACAAUGGAUUAGCAGUCCAUCGCCUUAACCACUCGGCCACCUCGUCACGGCGGGGCCCUCUGGACCGUCCUUCCUUUGAGAAAGCGGCCCGGGAGCCGCAGGGGCGGGAAGGACGCGCCGGGUCGCCUGACGCCGUGCGCGGGGCGACCUGAAACCCGAACAAACCCGGCGCCCGGCGGGACCGACGCGGGACGGAGACUGCGCCGCCGGGUCUCGGCUUCCUGCCGCCGCCGAUCGCUGCGUUCUGGGGCGCGUCGGGCUCCGAAAACGGGGCUGGGCGCGGGCGGGGCGAGCGCUCCGGCCCGCCCAGCGGCCGCGACAGUCCCCUUAGCUCCCCCCUCCUCGGCCUGCGACAGGCCGCCCGUGGCUUGCUUCUGUGAAGUCAGGAGUCACCAAGAAUCCUGCUUCUCCUCGGAAGCCUUUAGACCCUUGGGGAUCGCUGCACCCGGUCUUCGCGGCCAGCGUCACCCGCCUCGGUGGAACUGACUUUCCGGCCGAGUCCUGCCUCCUCGCCUGGCUUGUUCCAAGUAAUAAACCUUUGCUUCAACGAAUUCUUUGGGUCUGUUCAGUGACUAAUGCAUACGUAUGAAUACUAAUUCUAAUACAUACGAAUACAUAUUAAUACAUACUCAUGCAUAUAUUAGAGAAUAUAUUAUGAUACCACGAGGGCGGAGAAAGGGCUUGCUUGUAAGUGGUGGUUUUAUUAAUUGUUUUCUAAGAAGCAAGUGGACUUAGAAACUUAAGACUCCCCUCCUUCCGUUUCUUGAACCUGGGCCAGACAACUACUUCCCUGCACAGGGAGGAUUCUACACAGGGUCUUCCCUGGAGCUGUGAGAUGCCCAUGAU